CCUCCCUCCUUCCUGUCAGUCUCUCUGUGGAGGAUGUGUUUGGGAGUGGGGGGAAGAGGAAGGCAGUUUGUCUGUGUCUGCCCUGCUUUGCCCACCUCUCUCUCUCUUUCUCUUUAUCCCUCUCUUUCUCCUUCCCCGGCUCUUCCUCUCCCUCGGAGCUGUGCGUCGGUUGGAGUCCUGGCUCCCUUGGCGACGGGCUGUCGGACAGCUGAACUCUGGACGAAUGUCGGCAGGAGAGGAAGAGAACAGCGCUGGUAACCCUGGAGAUGCCCUGCCGAAGGUGGAGGUGUGGCCGGAGCUGGAGAGGGCGGAGCGUUUCGCCCGGGGCGCGGCCCUGAAGUGGGCGUCGGGCGUGUUCUGCCGCCCGGAGCAGCUGGAGAGGCUGGGGCAGUACCGGAAGAGAGAGAGCCAGCGCACCUCCUCCAUUCACUCCAGGCUGAAGUCGGUGGUGCAGUCCUACCUGGAGGGCGUGGGCUGGGGCCUGGAGCAGCUGAGGGAGGCGCGGGCGGAGCUGAGGGAGGUGUCCCGCAACCUGAGGGAGGCGGGGGCGGAGUCCCGGAGGAACGCCGAGGGGGUCCAGGGGCUGGACGUGCUGCGGGAGACCGCGGCCGACUACCGCCAGCUCCUCGCUGCCGUCAGCAACCUGCCCCGCCUCUACUCGGUCCCGGGGGUGGUGCUGGAGACGGAGCGGCUGGUGGAGUCGCGGCGGCUGCUGGAGGCGCACGCGCGGCUGAUGGAGCUGGAGCACUGGCAGGACGAGGUGCUGUGGCAGGUGCGGCAGGGGGCGGGGCCCGGGGCGGGGCCGGCCCCCGAGGACGAGGCGCUGGUGCGCGGCUACUUCUCCGGGGUGGGCCGCCUGGCCGAGGCGCUGGCCCGCGAGCUCUGGUCCGUGGUGGGCAGCGGCCUGGCGCUGGCGGCCCAGAACCCCACCCCCUUCGUGUCGGCGGUGCGCAUCGUGGAGCGGGAGGAGGCGCUGGACCGCGCCCUGCUGGAGGAGCGGGGGGGGGCGGCGGCCUCGGGGGCGGGCUCGGCCAGGCCCCUCCCCCCCGGGCGCCCGCGGGGCUGGCGCGAGCGCUUCUUCGCCGUGAUGGAGGAGGCGGCGUGCGCCCGGGUGCGCAGCGUCUCCUACCUGCACACCCGCGGCCCGGGCCUGGCCAGCCACCUGGCCGCGCUGCAGCACGGCAUCGUGGGGGACCUGGGCACCGUGCGCCACCUGCUGGAGCACUGCGUGCCGCCCCACUACCGGCUGGCGCGCGCCUACGUGCGGGCCUGCCACCGCUGCCUGCGGGCGCACCUGGCGCAGGUGUGCGGCUGGGAGCUGGAGAGCGGCGAGAUCUUCACCGUCCUCAACUGGGUGCUGCACGUCUAUAACAGCUCAGAGAUGAUGGGGGACCCGGAGCUGGUUGCUGUGAUCAGCCCAGAGGAGCUGGGACCCCUCGUCUCCCAGGAGGCCCUGGACCAGCUCCAGAACAAAUACGUGCACAGCGUCCGGAACAGUGUGUCGGAAUGGAUGCAGAAAGCUCUGGAGGUGGAGCAAACGGACUGGCAGAGAGAUCAGGAGCCCGACAUCGACCACGAGGGUUUCUACCACACCAGCCUGCCCACUAUCAUUACACAGAUGCUGGAGGAGAACGCUCGGGUGGCCCUGAUGAUCAGCGACUCUCUGCGGGAUCAGACCAUCCAGAUGGGCCUGUACGAGCUGGAGAGCUUCCUCAACAGGUUUCGGGAGGCCCUGGUGGAGUUUGGGAAGGAGCACCGCAAGGAUCGCAACAGCAACAGAUUCUACCUCCACUACCUGCUUGCUGCCGUCAGCAACUGCAUUGUCCUGAAGAGCUCCACGGAGAGCCUGCAGCAGCAGCGGAGCGCGUGCCCGGCGGCCCAGCUCCCGCGCACCCCGCCGGGGCCGCUGGCGGCGCUGGACCGGGCGGUGCGGAAGGCGUGCCGGCUGGCGGUGGACGAGCUGCAGCAGGACCUGCAGCCCGCCACGCUGCGGCUGCUGGCCCGGUCCUGGCUGGCCAGCGAGGAGGGCACCCGGGCGCUCUGCGGCGUGCUGGAGCGCCACUGCGAGCUGUACGCCCGGGCGCGGCCCCCCUGCCAGCAGCUCCUGCAGGAGGAGUGCGAGUGGGUGGUGGUGGUGGAGUACGCGCGGGCGCUCAUGCAGAAGAAGAUGGUGUGCCGGGGGGCGGAGGAGAGGAGCCUGCUCGCCCAGCGCAUGAUCCAGGACACGCAGCAGCUCAGGGAGCUCUUCCAGGGGGCGGAGGGAGAGGGGGCCGUGGAUGGUGUUAACCCAACAGCCCUUCUGCCUGUCCUGGCGGACUUCAUCCGGCUGAAGGACCCCAGCAUGCUGACACUGGAAGUGUCGGGGCUAGUGGCCAAGUACCCCGAUAUUAGUGAGGAGCACGUCUCCGCCCUGCUGGACGUGAGGGGGGACGUCCCGCGGGAGGUGAGGGCGUCCGUGCUGCACAUGCUCGAGCAGAGCGCCCCGCCCCUGCCGCCCGGGUACCGCCCAGUGUUCUCCGACAUCCUGGUUCCUCUUCCCAGCAUGCCUUUCUGCCUGUCUACCGCCAAGUGCACCUGAACAUGUCCCGCACCCCCCUCCCCUCCCCACCCCACUCCAGUCACUCUCACCCCCUCCCACACAGGGCUUGUUUACAGAAGCAUCUAGGGCUAAAAGAGACUGUGCAGGUCUAAUGCUGGCAGCCAUUUUACUUCAGCACUGCAGGAUUGGGAGUAGCAAUGGGAUUUAACCCUUUGAAGAGUAGGUGUUCUAGAAUGUUUUUCAAAAUUCUUAUUGUCAGUGUCCUAGAACUUCAUUGCUUUCAAUUACCAGUAGUGAUUAUGACAUCAGCAUUAGAAUACUGAGAACAUUCCAAUGGCAUAUUUGUGAUCUUACACCUUAAAGUGUAUCGUGGGGGAAACAUACACUGAACUACAGAGUAUGUUGACCUCAGAGAAGCAGGAGUACGAUGACAUUAUGGAAAACAUGUACACACAUGAAUAUGACUGUAAUGAUAACAAGGAUUUUUAAAGUAAUGAAUAUGAAUCAUCAACCAACAACAUGUAAUAAAUAUAGCAGUUAUAAAGUUGGGUAAAGUAAUCAGAGUUAUCUUAAGGAUGUGCAACAUAUUGCAAGUCAUAAGGAUGUUCAAUGUAAUGAGAGUUCUAAGAAUUUGUUCUAAAUACGGUUAUAGGGUACAGGAAGUCUGUGGUCUUCUGUAAUAUUCUGAUCCACUCCCUUUUCCCACUAAUGUGUACAUUUGUUGGUGAUACACUACUGUACAAUAAAUUUAUCAAUUAUA